GAUGUCUGGUUCAUCAAAUCUGGUCGCCAUGAAGAAGGUUGUACAGCAGCUACGCUUUGAAGCGAGUAUAAACAGAGUAAAGGUUUCUCAGGCCGCGGCAGAUCUCCAGCAGUUCUGCAUGCAGAACGCCAACCAGGACCCUCUGCUCACUGGAGUUUCCACUAGUACCAAUCCAUUCAGACCACAGAGAGUGUGCUCCUUUUUAUGAGACCAGCCACUGCAUUCUUUCGGCCUUCAUUUUGAUGCUACAGGGAAAUGCUGACCUCACUGACCUCCAUGCCAAGGCAUUCCAAUGCCACAUGAUGUUUCAAAGUGUCUGACUCUUGUCUGGAAUAUUGCCAUCUAUUUACAGCCACAUUAGGGGGGGGGGAGACUGGUUUAGAUUUCAUGGCAGAGUGUGGUUUUUAAGUAAAUUAUGGUGCCUUUUCUAUUCUAUUUUAUCCAUCAUUGGUCUUGACUUUUUGUAUUUAGAAAAUAAAACUAAUUCUUGCUCUUCUACAUAAA